UUGGCAUUCCUCUCUCGCUGUUGUAGUCGUUCGUACGACCGUGAGCGCUGUGCUUUCGCACGGGAAGGCCACGGACGCUCGUGCACACACGCAGCCAUGCACUCCGCGGUAUCCGCCAUCGCUACCAUGCUGUUGGUGGGCCGAACGGCGGCUUUUCUGACGUCAUCCUCAGCUGCGAUUGCUGUGUCGCAACGGUCAACGAACAAGCUCAGCAUGGCAGCCACCAAGCCGGACCAGCUCCCUGCAGACGCGAAGCGCUACUACGUCCGACCAGACAGAUUCUUAGACGUGCUGACUUCAGCACCGCAGCUGUUGUUCAGGCUAGGAAGCGGGGCGUUGGUGGAUGGGUACACAGUUAAGGUGUCGAGGGAGGAGGAAGGAGACGAGGGAGAAUAUGCGGUCGUCCGAGCCCUAGGAUUCAAGGUGACGGAGAGGGGGAACACUUGGGACAGACAGCAGCCGCGAAAACCCAUCGAGAUCUACGAGUUCGAGGGCUGCCCAUUCUGCCGAAAAGUGCGGGAGGCAAUCAACAUCGUGGAUAUCGACGUCGUCUUUUAUCCUUGCCCCCAGGGAGGGCCGACGUUCCGCCCGAAGGCGAAAGAAAUGGGCACCACCGCCUUCCCCUACAUGGUGGACCCCAACACGAAGACUUCCAUGCCGGAGAGUGACGAAAUAGUCAAGUAUCUUUUCGAGACGUACGGCGAAGGAGCAAAGGUGCCUUUCCAACUGUCCCUUGGGUUUGGCACGACGUUAUCGGCCGGUCUUGGGAUGCUCCCCCGGGGCCUGAAGGGUUCCAAGUACACCCCGGCCAAGAUGCCAAAGAAGCCUCUGGAACUGUGGGGAUACGAGGCGUCACCUUUCACCAAGGUCGUUCGCGAGAAGCUGAGCGAGUUGGAGAUCCCGCACAAGUUUGUCUCUUCUGCGAGAGGGAGCCCGAAGCGCCAAAAGUUGUACGAGAUGGCGGGUGCCGGACAGACGCCAUAUUUGAUAGACCCCAACACCGGCGCUAAGGGAUACGAAUCCUCCGAGAUCAAUGACUACCUGGAUAAGACCUACGCGCUUUAGACCAAACCGUUUGUGUUGAGGCUAGUGGUGGAGUUUUGUGUAUGGACCGGGGAACCUACAGUGCAAUGGAGCGCCAUCGGGUUGUCUGGGAGGCCCUUCGAAUAGCUAGCUGGAUACAAGACAUUUGAGGCAUAGGACCACUCGAAGUAACCCGAGGGUUCAGAACCUCCCAAGUGUUGACUUGCAUGUCGACCGCUGUGAAUAGUCCAGCGCACCUUUGCACUAGGUUGAAAACCACGGCGCAGAACCAUGAGUUCCACCGAGGAGCAGGAUAGGAUAGUCAGUUCAUUGGCUCAACGCGACAGUUUUUGGGAUGGACGAAACCAGCUUGGAUUCUAGAAGGUAUGCACCGGUUUUUGCACGACCGGCGUGUUUAUUCGGUUGAUGUUGGUCUCCAAGUGCAGUAUGUGGAUUUCAUUCGAGUCCCGUGCCCGUUUUCCCCCACUUGAUUCGGAACAAUUUUGUUUAUUUUUC